UUUCUUUUGAAUUUCUCUCUCUCUCUCUCUCUCUCACACACACACACACAGACGAAGGAGCAGCAGUAUUUCACCCACCUUUCCACUGUCUAAAUUUCCAAAAAGCCCAAAUUUUCCCUUGAAUUUCCUGAUACAUUGCGUCAUUGAAAUAUGAAUUCGGCGGAAUCAGCAAAGUUGUUGGCGGCGAGCGGAGGCGACACCGUGAAACUGUUCGACAUCUCGGUGGAGCCUCAGGACCCUUGCGUUCUCACCUACUCUCCGUCUCCGGGCUUACGUGUGAAUUCCGUCAAGUGGAACCAUAACAAUUUGGUGUUGGCGAGUGCCGGUGAAGAUAGUAGAAUAUCAUUAUGGAGGAAAAACGGGCAAAGCUUGUGGACGGUGCCUGCCAAAAAUUCCAGGGGCGAAAUUAUCGAGCCUUCAGAGUCUAUAUCAACUAUCAGCUUCAGCAAUAAAGGAUCUAGAUAUCUUUGCUCCGGUGGAACUGGACAAGUUGUACGAAUAUGGGAUUUGCAGAACAAGCGUUGUGUAAAAUGGUUGAAAGGUCAUACUGAUACUAUAACAGGUGUAAUGUACAACUGCAAAGAUGAACAUAUAGCUUCAGUCAGUCGUAAAGGCGAUCUUAUACUUCACAACCUUGCUUCCGGCACAAAAGCUGCUGAACUCAGGGACCCUAAUGGACAGGUUUUGGGUGCACUUGAUUAUUCUCGGUUGAGCCGGCACCUUUUGGUCACGGCUGGGGAUGAUGGGUCCAUCCACUUGUGGGAUACAACUGGUCGCAACCCAAAGGCUUCUUGGCUGAAGCAGCAUUCAGCACCGACCUCUGGCGUCUGUUUUUCACCAUCCAAUGACAAGACUAUUGCUAGUGUUGGUUUGGACAUGAAGUUAUACACUUUUGACUCAGGCUCCAGGAAGCCAUCGUCUUGUAUUCCCUAUGAGGCGCCUUUUUCUUCACUGGCGUUCACUGAUGAUGGAUUCAUUUUGGCAGCUGGUACAAGUACUGGUCAAGUUGUAUUCUAUGACAUUCGUGGGAAACCACAACCAAUCACUGUUCUUCGUGCAUUCGGGAGUUCUGAGGCUGUCACAAAUCUAUGCUGGCAGAGGUCAAAACCUGCAACAGUCAAUGAAAAUAACUGCACAGAUGAAACUGCUCUCGUGGCCGGUGAUGUAGGGGAUUCUGUCCUUAUGCCUGAUCCACUUCCUUCUCGGGCAAGCCAUACAAUGGCCUCAGUGGGUUCUGGAUCUCGAAAUCCUAGCCACUUCAGUACCUCUGGGGAUUUAUUUUCUUUUCCUGCAGGAUCUACAUCAAGUGCUCUAGAUUUACCUGCUUUGAAGGAAACACCUCUCGGUCCUCUCCGAAGCAGCUUAUUGACUGGUGGAACUCUGGCAAGACUGCAUGCACCUCGAAGUUAUAAUUUCAAGGAUGAUAUGGAGGUGUUUUCUCCCCUCGUGGAAGUUCAACCAAUUACACCCUCUCUUGAUAAAUUGUGGGAUGAUCGUGAUGGUCCAAAGAAAGAUCUGGAUAGAAGACCUUCUUCUCUGUUUACUUCCAGGAGGUUCGGUCUUUCAGAGGAAAGCACCAACAAUAACCAUCCAAUUUUUGACUGGAAAUCCAACUCAUCGCUGAAGCAGGAUGACAUCCCAUCUACCGUCUCACAGUUGGUGACUACCCCUGCAUCUACACAUACAGAUGAUUCUUCCUCUAUUACCCCACCUGAAGCUUGGGGUGGCUUGAGGCUCUCAGACAAAUUAAGUCAUCACCGCCAAUCCAUCAACAUGCCUUCUCGUUUUGCAACACUGGCAUCCACUAGUUUGUCAUCAGGGUUGAUGUUGUCUGGUCUACAAGAUGGCGUCUCCCAAAAUCAGAGCACCAGCAAUUUAACAUCAGGCCUGAGCCUGGUUAAUUUACGCAGCAGAGAUACCCCCAAUCAAGAAACUUCCUUGAGAUCUCCGGAAGCUGUUUCCUCUCCUUUAGGUACAAAAAGCAUUACAGGGCAGAUUAACCUUGAUAAUCUGGUUCCAGCUUUAUCUCUGCCUAGAAGAUUCUCCAGUUAUGCUGAGAGAAUAGGUGCCGCACCAUCCUUCAGUGAUGCAUCAUCUCUUGCAGUGGGGUCACCAAAAUCUAAGAAAACAGGAGCAGAAACUAGGGAAGAACAUCUGAGUAGUUUGUUGUCAAGGUCUGAAAUGCCGUCUGCCGCAGGAACCAGCGCCCUUACAACUACAAAUGGUGGAGCGACGAUGCAGAAAACUCCCUUGCAGCCUGACUUGCAGCAGGGAACUUCCUUUACCCUUCAGCUUUUUCAGCGUACACUUGAAGAAACUCUUGCUUUGUUUCAGAAAUCUAUUCAUGAAGACAUGCGUAAUCUUCACAUAGAAAUACUAAGGCAAUUCCAUAUGCAGGAGAUGGAGAUGUCGAGUGUCAUGUCACUGAUCUUGGAGAAUCAAGCUGAGAUUAUGAAAGAACUUCAUUCUCUUCGGAAUGAAACACAGGAACUCCGGCGGUUACUGUGAGUAUAUGGUGUGGUCUUGUCAUUUAAUUGCUGUUUCAUAUAGUUAUUUGCCAAUUAGUUUACUGGAAAGAGAGAAUUUAGCAUGAGAUUUAGACAUUUCAGUUAAAAUGGGUGUUCAUUUGAUUUAGUUUUAUGAUGUGAGGUUUUGGGAGUAAUUUGCCAAGAAAGAGUCGCAGAGCAUUAUUUCUUCUA